UCUGUAUAUCAGCGUGACAGGGAGAAAAGCGAGGGAUUCAUGUGUGGGAAAUGCAGCAGGAAGGAAAGUGCAGCUGGGAAUUUUUUGCCUGGAGCAAGACAGACUGGUGAUCUGUGGAAAAAGUAAGUGAGUCAACAGAGAAAGAGAGGGGUAGAAAAGAUGGGAAUAGAGCAAAGAGGAUGAAAGUUUCAUGCAGGGAUGAUAAGAAGCAUGCGAUGGCAGCACAGGAAAAGAAGAUUUGAUGAAGUCGAAGGAGAAGUGAAAGUGGACUAAAGAAGGAGAAGCAGGGAGGAGGCAAGAAGAUGACACAAGGAAGAGAAUCCUGGGGGAAACAGUAGGAACAUCAAGGCAAUUUAUGCACUCUUGCCAGUUUAAGAAGUUUCUACAAAAACCUGUAAAUCUGCAUAUGCAUACUUGCAAUCUUUCUGCUAGAGAAAACAAGAGGAAGGCAGCCAACCUCUGCACAUGAUAAUGAAACUGGGCUUGAUCACACACACAUUGCAUCAGAGUGGACUCACUAACGGACAAAGUUUCAUUCAGAUUUGCUGUGAUAAGAAGAGCAUUGUGUUCACCUCUUCCUCCUGCUUUUAAGGGCUUUGUUACCUCUCUGUGAGUGGUCUCUUCACCCUGAUUGCACUCACUGUCUCAAUCUGCUAACCUGUGUACACACACAUUGUGGGUGUGUACAUACUUUGAUGUACACACCCACAAUGUACACUAGAUAAAUACACACUCGCUCCUCCUCAGUGAAGCAGGUCCCUGAAAGCAGCCAAACUGUCAGUGACUGCUGCUAACACAUGUUCACUCUCAGCUCAGCUCGUUCUUUAGUUGCAGCUAGAGGAAGAGGAGGAGGAGGAGGAGGAGGAGGAGAAAAAUUGAGGCUGGAAGGAACAGACUAAAACAGAGAGAAUAAAAAAAUUGAGAGACUUGGACAAACCUGUUAUUGCUUGGAUCUGCCUAGCUGGCUGAGAGGAUACCUACAAGUGAUGCCUCACAUUCUGGAGCAGCACAUAGUUUAACUUUUCUCAUCUUCUUGUUUUUUUUCCUUUCCUUUUCUGUAAGCCUUUUCUGAUUCAAUGAUGAGACGAGACCGUUUCCUCUUAGUUGCAACUCUUACAGCAAUCUUCUCUGCUGACCUCUACUUUAUCCUCCUGCCAAAACUGCGGAGCUUGAGACAAACAUCAGGACAAACUUGCACAUGUGCUUCCAGCAACCUCAGCUUGCCCAUUCUGGAAGGCAUCGCAACACCGCAGCUCUCCAACUGGACUUAUGCCUCGCUGCAGGAUGGCACUACUAUAUCUGGAAAUGUUGAUAUAGGCUCAAAGCUGGAGAAGCUGUUUGCUCACCCUCUGUACAACAUCCAGACACCAGCACUUGGGCCAGAGGAGAAGCUGCUGCAGGUGGAGCAGCUGAUCGAGUAUUAUAAGAAGAAGGUGUCACGCUGGGAAAGACAUAUGAAACUCUACAAUGAAGCAGCAGCUUUGGCCAAUGUUACUGUGAAAGAGCAAGAAAUUAUCUAUGACCCUGACGCCAGCUGGCUAAAGUUCCAUUUGGGAAUAAACCGCUAUGCUCUGUACUCCCGGGAUGACCCAGCCAUCCUCCAGCUCCUGAAGGAGAUGCAGAACAUGACAGUUGUCAGUGCAGAUUACACCCAGGAUGAGAAAGCCCUAAAAGGAGCAUGUGAUUGCACUCAAGUGGUAAAACCUAGUGGCCAUCACUUGAAGCUGGCUCUGAAGCUGCGCAACUUUGCAAAAGUCAUGUUUAAACCAAUGAGGCAGCAGAGAGACGAGGAGACUCCAGAAGACUUCUUCUAUUUUGUUGACUUCCAGAGACAUAAUGCAGAGAUCGCUGCUUUUCACCUGGACAGGAUCCUUGACUUCCGGAGGGUUCCACCAGUGGCAGGGAGGCGAGUGAAUGCCGCAGGAGAAGUUCUCCAAGUAACCCACAAUGAAGACCUACGAGCUGUGUUCUUCACCUCACCAGCGAACAACACGUGUUUCUUUGCCAAGUGCUUGUAUGUGUGUAAGACGGAGUAUGCAGUGUGCGGGAACCCUGACUUGCUGGAGGGCUCACUUUCCGCCUACCUGCCAGGCCUCAGCAUUGCUCCACGCCUCUCCAUCCCCAACCCCUGGAAACGUUCCUACACCUUCACCGGACAUGAAGAGUGGGAAGUGAAUCCAUUCUACUGUGAUGCAAUAAAGGAGCUGCAUCCAUAUAACUCAGGCAACAGACUGCUCAACAUCAUAGACAUGUCUAUCUUUGACUUUCUUAUAGGUAACAUGGACAGACACCACUUUGAGAUUUUCACCAAAUUUGGGGAUGAGGGAUUUCUUCUUCACUUGGACAAUGCCAGAGGGUUUGGGAAGCACGCUAGAGAUGAGAUGUCCAUCCUGGCUCCACUAUCUCAGUGUUGCCUUAUAAAGCACUCCACGCUGCUGAGACUGCAGCUCCUGGCCCGAUCAGAGUUCAGGCUGAGUGAUGUGAUGAAGGAGUCCCUCAAAAGAGAUCCUUUAUGGCCGAUCCUGACCGAGCCCCACAUCUUAGCGCUGGACCGCAGGUUACAGAAGGUUCUGCGAGUGGUCCAGCGCUGCAUCCGGAGGCUAGGGGAGAAUGAGGUGAUCACAAAAGACUUUGUAAAAUCAACAGCAGGAACACAGACUGCCAUAAGGAAGAAAAAGGCCAGGUAACAGAGGAAGAGUCGCUUGACUUCAGAGCUGCUUUUGAAGACUUUGUGAUGAAGUGCGAUCCCCUUAUGUGCCAAGACAGCUCAGGUUUCAGGUUGAAGAGUCCUUAAUAGUUUAUCUUAAUAGGAAUCUCCAGAGGGGCUCAUCAGAGCGAGAGGAAUGUCAUUGUUGAGGUUGAGAACAUGAACUACUAUGGGGCCUAACAGCAGAGAGAGCUGUACCUUUAAAUUCCCAACAUGCCAAGAUCCUUACUUUUAAUGAACAAAAAGGUCAAAAGUUUUACAUUUCAUUAAAGACCUCUGAGUGAACAAAUUAGCCAAAAUUGCAUCGUGCAAAGUAAACACUGACAUAAAGAAAGACAAGAAACUUAUAGAUACACAAAACCCCUGUCAUACACAUGGACGCAUGCAGUGACGUUGUAGGAGAAAACAGUCAUGCACUGGAUCAGUUUGUCAAAUUUAUCCUGAUGUACGUUCUCACUGUGGAAAGAAAGAUCUUUUACAAUUCUUAAAUAAAGAUACUUUAUGAGGACAAGUUCUAAAGAGAAUUUAUAACCUAAGAAUAACAAAAGUGUAUGUGUGUGUGUGUGUGCGCAGAAUCAAGAGCUGGGAAAAGUGAUACCUAUUAAACAGCCACUUUGCUUCACUCCACCCUGUUUUCCAGACUUAUAAUCCUUUUUAAUCAGUGUUUAAACAGCUUUACAACAUAUCUGUCAACUGAAGGCUGAGACAGAGCAACAGCAAAUCUGUAGCGGUUACCAGUCAUCUAAGAAAUGUAAACUUACUUUCUUGUUAUUUUAGGAAACCCGAGUGGGUUUCCACUGAGCAACUAAGAGCUUUGGUCCUUUUUUUCUGACAAAAUGGAUAUAAUCCAUCACUCUUGUGUAAUGAAAAGCAAAGUAAGUAAGCAUGAAUAUUUAAGAGAAACAAAAGUUGCUAUAUCAUUUUAAGUAAAGCAGAUCGGGUGGCUUUAAGUGCAAAAGUCUUUCUCUGAAGCACAGGCUCAACACUGAUAUGCUGGUUUUUGGUAAAGUGAGUGAGUAAACAACCUGAAAACCUGCCUGAAAUGCAAGAUUACAUACUAUUAAAGGAAAAAAUCUCCAUCAUUAUCCAAGAAUGAAAUAAUCUAUGACCGAGACUGAACUUGUUUUUCCUGCAGAGAAGCUCAAUGUCCCCCCCUGAUGUGCAGAUGUGGUACAGCACCCUUUCAGACAUGCAAGGUCAGAAGGUACUCAUUGAAAACUAUUGGUGCGAUUAGUUAAAAUUAAUGGAUAGAGGAGCAUUUCAAACUGUUUAAAAGCCACGCUACUGCAUUUAAGAAAACCAUGCUGCAGCCUUUCAGUCGAGAAUUUGUUCAUUUUCAGUCCUUUAUAACAACAGUUCUGAUUGUGUAACUGGUGGUUGGACAGUAUGGUGAUCUUCAGAGCUCUAUGAUUAAAAUAAUCACUGGUUACAGCUUCAGGUGGACUGUGCUAACCGAUACAACCAGAGGUCUAGUGUUAGAGGCAAACUGCAGAGAAGGACUGCAGAUGUAAACAUUUUCAAGUAAAAGAAUGAAGUCUGAGACAAAGUUGGAUGAUUUUUACUUCUUUUUAUUGCUUAAACUGCCAUCUGGAACAAUCUAUACCAAAAGGAUAAACAUCUUUGCACAUACAGAAGGUCAAACUAAAUACAGGGUGGAAUAGAAAAAGAAUGGUCCUCUGAUGGCUUGCAGCUUCCUGUGCCGCACGCCCGAACAAACUCACUGAAGGUUGGGCUAGCAGGAGUGACUGACUACUACUGUAAGCCCAGGUUAGGUAAGCUAAGGCAAACCGGGACGAUUGCAGUGUGGCUAAAAACGUUUUGACCCAUGAUGCAGCUAUUUACAAGAAUAUGAUUUGACAAAAGUGAAUCCUUCACCGCUAACGGAGUCAUCUCCUGUGGAUCGGGAUGAAUAGGAUGUGUUGUCAGAAGACAUAAAUCCAUAUAUAACCACAUCCACAAGGAUAACCUGAAGUUUAGGGAGAACAGAUGAUCAGUUUAAGAACUCAAAUCCCUUAUCAAAGGCUCAUCUCACCUACCUAACUCCUCUUCAGUCGGCACCAAAAAUCAAACACGUCUUGAUUUUAAGGGCAUACAAGUGCUCUGAAUGAGACAAAACAGACAACUGAUUAUAGGUCAAUUCUGGUAUAAGACGAUGAGGCAGGAAUGAAGAGUUAAGCCUAUAAUCCAGAAGUCAACAUCGUGUCAUUUGGUAAAGAUCUUUGAAAAUAAGGG